AUGGACAAAGAAAAGGAGAAGGAAAAGGGCGGCUGGUUCUCCAAGUUUAAGAAGGGCUCGCAAAAGUCUGCUGUUCUUCAGAAGCAGCCAUAUCCCGCUGCACAGAUGCAACACCUUCAGUUUGUUCCCCAGCAGGCACAGCAGCAGCCUCUGCAAUCGCAACGCCGCUCCGAGGAAAUGUUGCCCCAGCAUCACCAGAAGAUACCGUUUAAUGCACAAGCCAUUGGGCAGACUCCCCACAGCCAGCAAAGCGCCGUGCGGUCACAGCCAGGUCCCGUUCGGGGCGUCGACGCGCAUACGGCCGGCUUGUCCGCCUUAACUCAAAUGCGAGUUCCUGAUCCGCAGGGCCUCUUGGUUCGAUCAUCUUCAGACACCAUCAGAGAGUCAUCGGUUGUCCCUCCCACAUCUCUAAAAACAGAGGCGGCGUAUCCACAAGCGCUUGCUGCUGCUGAAUCGGAUCUGUCACGCGCCUCGUCGCACUCCUACGCUCCCUUACUGGAUCGACAAGCGUCGGUAGCAUCGAGCUACGCGGCUUCGAUCUCGACCGUGGAUAUCGCCGAGGCCUAUGCGCAGCCCAUCAUGAAGCCGCAGCUCAUCACCGUGCAGAGAGCGACGACGGCGCCCUUACAACAGUCUCCACAACAACAACAACAACAACCAAGGGCAAAUGCUGGGCCGAGCCUAGUGUGGUCAGAGGAGUCCCAAGGGUACUUCCCGGCACAGCAAGUGCGGCAAGAGGUCUCACAGCCGCAGGUUGCCCAGCAGCCGGCUGCGGCGGGACAGUUGGCUCCCUCGCCGCACAUCGCAUCGAAUCAUCAACACGUUGGGGCACCAGGAUCGUCUACACAGCCGCCACCACCACAGAGGGGUAAUAGCAAAUGGACGAAGCGACCAGCUGCAGAUUACUCAGGCGGAGAUUGGGGGGACGAUACGUGGAGGUGA